AUGUCUGUCCUUCUCAAGACCUCCCUGUUCCUCUCCGCCCUCACCGGCGCAGCAGUCAAUGCAGCCCCUGCCCCCCUCGAAGCCCGCCAGGCCAACCAAUACACCGCCGAAGCAGCCAACUGGAACGAGGGCGCAACCACCGCCUACAAAAUCCACGAAAGCUGCAACGCAACCCAAGCAUUCCAAAUCGCACGUGGCCUCAACGAAACCAUCCAACUAGUCAGCCACGCCAAAGACCACGUUUUGCGAUUUGGCAACACCUCCGAGAUCUACCGCAAGUACUUUGGCGACCGGCCCCCCUUUGAAGUCAUUGGCGCCUACGACAUUAUUGUCGAGGGUGACAAGGCCAAUGUUUUGUUCCGAUGCGAUAACCCUGAUGGCAACUGUGCUAUUGAAGGCUACGGCGGCCACUGGCGCGGCGAAAACGCAACCGACGAAACCGUCAUCUGCGACCUAAGCUACGAGACCCGCCGCCCGCUAUCUCAAAUGUGCGCCCUAGGCUACAACGUGGCCGAGAGCAAGACAAACACGUUCUGGGCCUCCGACCUGCUCCACCGUCUGUACCACAUGCCCGCCGUUGGAAAGGAAUACAUUGAACACUUUGCCACCGAUUACGACUCUGUCAUUGACUUGGCCGCCAGCAACGAAACCUCUUCGACUCAUGACUCCGAUACCCUGCAGUACUUUGCUCUCGAGGCCUAUGCGCAUGACAUUGCCAUUCCGGGUGUCGGAUGCCCUGGUCCCGAGCAUACUCAUGACGAUGCUGAUGCCUCUGCUUCGGCGACUGCCUCUGCCACUGAUGCCCCGGCUGCCACUACUGACGGUGCAACGCCGACGGUUUCGGAUGCUGCGUCGGUUACCUCUUCGAUCCCACCGGUAAGUUUGAGCCCACAGUACUAA